ACUCUUGGAGGACUAGGGCACUCUGAAGUGCCCUAGGUUGCUAUAGGGUUGCUACAGCAACCUAAUUUCCCCUGUAAAUAAAGAGGCAACCUGGCCAGCUUUUUCUACAACUCUACUGAAAUCUUGUUGGUUGGACUGCAAAGAACAACUUCCCAUCCAUUCAGUGUGUUUAGGUCGUCAGUUUGAGAAUCUCCUGUCAGCUCUGUGCAUCAGGACAAGAGAGCUUGAAGGAAAUCCCUGGGAGCAGAAGAGACUUCACCUUUGGCUUUGGCCUGCCUUUGAGGAGGAGAAUGGGUUGUGACCAGAACUGCGGCCUCCUGACCACUGCAAUCAUUGGUGCCGUUUUGGCUAUCUUUGGAGGUGCCCUAAUACCAGUUGGAAAUUAUUUCAUUGAGAAGAUAGUAAAAAAGGAAGUAGUAAUUGAAAAUGGUACAAUUGCAUAUGAAAACUGGAUUGUGCCAGGCAGUCCUGUCUACAGACAGUUUUGGAUCUUUGAUGUGCAAAACCCAUCAGCAGUGCUGGAGAAUGGGUCACGCCCCAUUCUGAAGCAGAAAGGCCCUUACACAUACAGGAUGCGAUAUUUACCCAAACAAAACAUCACCCAAAAUCCAGACUCAACCGUGUCUUACUUCUUGCCUAACAUUGCUCGCUUUGAACCUGAUAUGUCAAUUGGGCCAGAAAACGACACCUUCACCAUAGUCAACCUCGCUGUUGUGGCGGCGCCUGUCCUGUAUCCAAGCAGUUUCGUGCAAACACUGUUGAACGUUUGGAUGAAGUCUUCAAAGUCAUUCUUCCUUCAGAACAGAACUGUGAAGGAAGUGCUCUGGGGCUACGAAGAUCCUUUUUUGAAAAAAGUUCCCUUUCCAAUUGAUAGAAAAGUGGGAAUAUUCCUUCCGUACAACGAAACACUUGACGGUCUUUACACUGUCUACAAUGGGCAAGAUGAGAUAAACAAGACGGCAAUCAUCCAGAGCUAUAAAAACAAGAGCACCCUCUCAUUCUGGGAAGGUCCUUGUGACAUGGUCAAUGGGACAGAUGGAGCAUCGUUUCCCCCUUUUGUCAAAAAAGAUGUUAUACUACAUUUCUUUUCUUCUGAUAUCUGCAGGUCCAUUUAUGGAGAAUUUGACAGUGAUCAAGUUGUGAAGGGAAUUCCCCUGUAUCGCUUCAUAGUGCCUCCUGGAGCUUUUGCAUCACCCCUCGUCAACCCAGAUAACAUUUGCUUCUGCCUGGACAAAGUCAUUUCAAAAAACUGCACGUUAGCUGGGGCUAUGGACAUUAGCACAUGUAAAGAAGGCAAGCCAGUGGCUAUUACACUGCCACACUUCUUGUACGCGAGUAAAGAAGUUGGGGAAGGGGUUGAAGGAAUGCACCCAAAUAAACAAGAGCAUAUGACUUAUUUAGACAUUGAGCCAACAACAGGGUUUACGUUACAAUUUGCCAAAAGGCUGCAAAUCAACUUAGUGGUGAGACCUGCUCCCAAAAUUACGGCUUUACAGAAGAUUGAGUUCCCUUUUAUGUUUCCCAUUCUCUGGCUCAAUGAGACGGCAGUUAUUGAUGACGAGAAAGCAGAGUUUUUCCGUUCCACAGUGACAAAUAAGAUCAAAUUGCUACACCUGCUGGAAGCUGUGCUCAUCAUCUUUGGUGCUGUGAUAUUCCUAGGAUUCCUGGCUUCAUAUUUAAUUUGCAGAGCACAGAAAGUAAAAUAAGUUAUCUCACUGCCGCAGCUGUAGGUAAUAGUUGCAUUAGCUUUCAAGGAAGGGGGAGAGGAGAAUGUAACUUCCAGAUGACCCCUCCGGUGGCAUCACUGCACUCUCGUUUUGUAAGUGCAAACACCAUAUGCCUUCUGGUAAGGCAUGGGCAGUAUAAGCAUCUUGGCAACAAGAAGUUCAUUUCUGUUCAGGAGAAUCAUUCCAAUGAUGCUGGAGAGACUGCUGUGAAAAUACGAAUUUGUGGAUGAACUUUAAGCUGGAGGUUUGGAAUCCAGCCUGCACCGAAUUUGUGUCUCUUUCAUCCCCUCCUUAUUUCUCACCUUGCAAACUGAAGUCAAAUGAUGCAACUGGGCUUCUGUCCGUGCCCUCAAAUCUAUGGGCAAUCUUCUUUUUCCUCCUCCCUCUGUUCUGAGAAGAAAAUCAGCCAUUGAUAGAACUGGUGUAUCCCUCUUCCAGAGAUGUGAAUAUUUUUUUAAGUGUAAAGUUUACUAUAUGGAAUCACUAAGUGUUGCAUAGGGAUAUCUAGUAAAAGAGUUAUUGGAAAGUAACUCCAGUAAAAGCAUUAUAUUGUC